GUUUCAACGGGCCAGGCUUACCCAUUAGCGUCUCCUCUGCCUUCUAUGCUUUGACAUUAGGGUUUCCUCUGUCUCUCUUUCAGUCGCCGUCUCCGCAAUGGGGUAUACUAAGGAUCAGCUCCUUGCUCGCCUAAAGGAACUUCAGAUAGACUUCCUUUGCUAUGAUCAUCCUCCUGUCCUCGCUGUGGAGGCUCAGGCAAAGGAAGUGGGGCAUUUGGGAGGUGCAUUAAGUAAAAAUUUGCUGUUAAAGGACAAGAAACAGAGGUUUUACGUUGUUUCUGCUCUUGCAGACACAAACGUUGACUUAAAGGUUUUAUCCCAAAGGCUUGGUCUGGGAAAAGGAGGUUUGCGGAUGGCUCCUGAAGAAGCUUUGCAAGAAUUACUUCAGGUACCACUUGGAUGCGUAACACCAUUUGCAUUAAUUAAUGACUCUGCAAGUUGCGUCUCGUUGUUGCUGGAUCAAGGAUUCAAAGCUAGUCCGUCCUGCUACUUCCACCCAAUCACUAAUGAAGUUACAAUUUCCCUCAGCGCAAGCAGCCUUGACAAGUUUCUGGUAUCACUUGGAAGACAGCCUUCAUAUGUGGAUCUAGAGGCAAAUCCAGUGGUUGGGAAGGACAAUCCACCUGAUCUUGCUGAUUUAGUUCCAUCUGGAGUUACCACCUUGUCGGAUACAAUAGCAAACACUGUUACUUCUGCUCCAACUGAAAAGGUUGUUGAAAAGGAUGUUCUUCCUGCUAAGAAAUCUGUAAACCAUCCUGCCUCAGGAGAUGCCAAAAGUCGGGCAGUCUUACCAAAGAAGGUCGACAAAGUUCAACGCUCAAUAGACCCGCUAGCUGAAGCUACCGAUAUCGAGAAACUCGUAAAAGAAAUAUUGAACAAGACAUCCACAGCCUUGCUUACUGAGGUAACCAAGGAGUUAAAUGAUACGCAAAUUAGACCUUCAGUUGUGGAUGUUGCGAGCAGACGCGUCAGCUCUGAUUUGGAGCAUAUGAUUAUGAGUUUGAAGAAUGCAGCAUACACACAAGGGUUCCACGCAGGCCUUCAGGCUACACUUCGACCAAAUCUUUCCUCACAAAAAUAGCUAGAUGUCAUGCGAACUUGGCUACGUACUGUGUUAUACUCAAUUCGACGAUUUUUAAAACAUAGAAUUUCCUCAUUCAGACCGUUCAUUACAUGUGUGUUGGCAAUAUUUAUUGUAGCCAUUUUGUACACUUGUUAAAUCAAUCUAAUCUUUGUCAAUAUACAUACA